CAAAGUUAAAAGAAUAAACGCUUCAGUUUGCAUUCAGAGACAGCGCAGACAUUCAUUCUGUCAGAGAAUGAGGGGGUUUCUUAAGACAGUGGCCGUGAGAAUAUCAUUCACAGUCUGGCAGCUGUGGUCACUAGUGUACGAAAAAGUGCAUAUUACUAUAGAGAUUAACUGUGAUCCAACAAACAUGAGUUUCAACAUGAGUCUAAAUAAAUAAAAUUUGCUUUUGUUUCGAUUCUUUAAAUGACAGUAUCGCACAGGAAUUUCAUAAUAAACAUGUUUGGGUUCAGACAGGAUUUUGUCUAGACGGUCUAAUAAGAGGCCUUUCAGCACCUAUUUAUAGCACUGGUAAGAAGAACUUGCGGUUUCAUUUUUAUUUAUUUUCUUUUUAAUUCGUACAUAUAAUUGAAUCUUAAAGAUAUUCGUGUAACAUUUGGAUUUGGUUAUAGAUGUUUUGUUGGUUGCAUUUUUUUGUAUUCAAACGUUUGUGUAGGGUUACAAAGUUGAAACAGGAAGUUCUGGACCAGCGUUGCUUACGUUUCUGAAGUGGUCUAUAGUAUAGACUCUUUUUUUUUAGUAUAUUUAAGGCGUCUUUAUGGCGACAUAUUUGAGUCCUGGAAGUUUUUGAAGUUUAUAACAUGUAGGAGCAGGUGAUGUGUGGUCUGUGGGAGUCAGAGGUUAAGAAUGUUCAGGGACUUUCAGCCAAACAGUCAUGCAGAUGAUGUGCAUUAACAACAAAUGAUCUAAUCAUGACUAAACAAGAUAUCUCAUACCAAACCAAUGAUGAGGGGUUUGAUUUUCUUCAUUUACUCUACUUGUAUUACCUAGUUUAUAUGUGAAUGGUUUAUCAUUUUUAUGACCAUAUUUGUACUUUUUUGGUAAAACAAAGGGUUGUUUGUUAGCUACAGUCUGUAUAUGUCAGCCCUGUGUGUUUAUGGUUGUAAAGAAUUAUAAUCAGACUUUCAAUAGACACAAAGAGACGUUGUGUGAAUUCUACAUACACCAGCAAGCUUAUUUAUGGUUUUGAAUGAAUGAAUGUGAAUACAAGCAGGUUGAACACAAUGAAGACAAGCUAGACAGGGCUUCAACAUAUACAUUAAAAUCUAUUUCCAAAAAAACAACAGAUGCAGUGAUAUAUUUAACUAGAACUCAUAGAAGAGGGCCCAAUGAAAGCGUAGCAUCUCCCUCCCAAGUCACACCCACAUUACACCCACUGCACUGAAGACGCACUUUGUGUAACAUUGUAUUGAAGAACCGAAUCUCUUCGUCUUUAAUUUUCUUUCCCCACGAAAACAGGAAUUUAUAGUCGUCAUCCACAGUCUGUCAAACACCACAAACCAUUUAUUUGUGUUUUUCUGGCGCUUUUUGUUGAUCUUUCUCGGACAGUUUUUUUUUCUUGUCGAUCUUUAGUUUGAAGAAGUGAAAACUAAUGCCAAAGUUUCGCUUACGAAACUUUUUUUAGUUUUGGACGUGAUCCUCAAAACAACCAGAUUACACCAUGUGGAGCAGAAACGUUUCGAUUGACGUUUGGAAAAUAUGAUCUGUACAUCGGUUUUAUGCGCUCUGUGCUUAUGGCUUGCACGUGGUGUGUUUGGUGCUGAUGCAGAUGAAGCGACGUCAGUGUCAGUGAUGGAGGGAGAUUCUGUCACUCUACACACUCGUCUCACUCACAUACAGAGAGACAUACAGAUACUCUGGACUUUUCAACUAACCACUCGUUUGGCCGAAAUCAUUAAAAGGGAACAGAUGAGCAUUUUCUUUGUUAGUAAGGAUGGGAUAUUUAGAGAUCAUCUACAGAUGAACAAUCAGACUGGAUCUCUCAUCAUCACAAACAUCACAACUGAACACUCUGGACUUUAUCAACUACAGAUCAGCAGGGACACAACAAUCUCAUACAUUAGUUUUGAAAUGAUUGUACAUGCUCGUCUGCCUGUUCCUGUCAUCAUCAGAAACUCUUCUCAAUGUUCUUCAGCAUCAGAAAAAUGUGUGUUGUUGUGUUCAGUGAUGAAUGUGUCACAUGUGAGUCUCUCCUGGUACAAAGGAAAGAGUUUAUUGUCCAGCAUCAGUGUGUCUGAUCUCAACAUCAGACUCUCUCUACCUCUGGAGGUGGAAUAUCAGGACACAAACACAUACAGAUGUGUCAUCAACAAUCACAUCACAAACCACACACAACAUCUACACAUCACUGAUGUCUGUGAGUCGUGUUCAGCACUCGUGCAGAAUCCUCAUUUGGUGGGAAUCACAGUUUUUCUGGUAAUGCUGGUUGUGGCGACGGCAGCUGUGGGAAGCACCCGCAAGAAAGCUGAUGACCACACAGUGUACUCAAGUGUUGCUUUGAGUUGA